AUGGCGCCGAGAGUCAUAAUUCAGAAACCGGUAUCCUUCCCUUACAAGGAUAGCAAAAGAGUUCCCUGGAAUUACGACUGCAACGUAACGAUCCCGGGUGGGGAGAACUCGGCCAGCACUUCAAGAGAGAACCAAAAUGUAGGUUUCUAUACGCGCAGUGAAAGACGUUAUGAUCCUGCGGGUACAGAAACUAAAACUAUUAAAGGAAAGACCUCAUUAGUCGAGCAAAGGAAGGAAAAGACGUUACACAAGCAACCGGCUCGCAUCUCGGUACUAGCUUUGCUCUUGAGUUCGGAGACACAUCGAAGCGCGUUAAUGAAGGUACUAAAUGAAACUUACGUUGCGGAUGAUAUCUCUGUCAACAAGCUGGACCGUCUCGUCAAUAAUAUAAACGCUGAUAAUUUUAUAUUUUUCAAUAACGAUGAAAAACCGCCGAGCGGAAUGCGGUCAACAAAAGCGCUACACAUUACCACCCGCUGUAAAGAAUAUACACUACCGGAAGUGUUAAUUGACAAUGGGUCUGUACUAAAUGUCCUACCCUUAUCUACGCUGAAUAGGCUGCCAGUAGAUAGUUCCCAUAUGAAGACAUGCCAAAAUAUAGUAAGGGCAUUUGAUGGGGCAGUGCCAUCAUCGCUGCAUCAAAAGCUUAAAUUUAUAACGGAAGGGCGAUUGGUGACUGUAAAUGCAGAAGAGGAUAUCAUUGCUCCCGUUACCAGCGACGCACCUUAUGUGGGGAUAGAUGAUGAAGCGAUAGAAUGUUCUUUCCGGUCAUUAGAAUUUGUGAACGCAACUUUUAUUGUCGAAGGGAACAAGGUCCCAGUGCCCAAAAUCUCUAAAACUACUAGGAUAGAUUUACAACUGACAGUUGGGAAAGGAGCUUUGCCCGGAAAGGGGCUUGGAAGGAGCUUACAAGGAAGGAUCGAGGCACCCAUGCUCAAGGACAAACGAGACCGUUUCGGCUUGGGGUACAAACCAGAUGCAAGGCAAAAUAAAAAGGAAAUAGAGAAGAGGCAAGAGAGGAGAAGGGCACGUUUAAACAGAGAAGAGGUCAAAUGGGAGCCAAUGAUCUUUCUUCAUAUAUCCAGAACAUUUGUGUCAGGAAGGACCACUUACUAUGAAAGAAAAUCAACAGGGAAAGAGGCUGCUUUGAGCAUUAACGCCUUAUCUGAGGAAGAAACAAGUGAAGAGGAUCAAUUAGGCAUUUGCCCAUAUAUGCCUGGGAGCGUUUUGAACAAUUGGACCGCGGAAGAGAUCCCUGUAACAAUUGGAUCAAUUAGGCAUUUGCCCAUAUGUGCCGGACUUGUUAAGAAUGGAGAGGGAAAAGAGGUGAAGAUUGGAGUUCGUAUCACCGCAGAAACAAGGCGAGACCUCAUUGAGUUACUGCAAGAAUUCGAGGAUUUCUUCGCAUGGUCGUAUCAAGACAUGCCCCGGUUGAAUACUGAUAUAGUGGUACACCGGCUCCCUAUAAAGGAAGAGUGUAAGCCAGUUCAACAGAAACUCCGGAGAAUGAGACCUGAUGUUUUGUUGAAGAUAAAAGAGGAGGUCAAGAAGCAAUUCGACUCUGGUUUCUUACCAGUGGUUAAAUACUCAGAAUUGGUAGCCAAUAUAGUCCCAGUUUCUAAAAAAGAUGGAAAAGUAUGGAUGUGCGUGGACUAUCAAGAUCUGAAAAAAUCAAGCCCAAAAGACAAUUUCUCAUUGCCACACAUUGAUACAUUAGUGGAUAACAUGACAGGUUACUCAUUUUUCUCCUUUAUGAACGGUUUCUCGGGAUACAACCAGAUAAAUAUGUAUCCUGAAGACAUGGAAAAAACCACAUUCGUGACUAUGUGGGGAACGGAGAUCGAGGUUUACGUUGCUGACAUGGUUGCAAAAUCCAGGACAGAAAAAGAGCACGUACAAGUCUUGAGGAAACUAUUUUUAAGAUUAAGAAAGUUCCAGCUAAAGCUCAAUCCCUCGAAAUGUACUUUUGGCGCCAGGUCAGGAAAGUUAUUAGGAUUCGUAGUUAAUGAAAAGGGAAUUGAAAUCGACUUAGACAAAGUCGAAGCCAUACAAGAAUUACAUCCGCCACGCACUCAAAAGGAAGUUCGAGGUUUCCUAAGAAGGCUAAAUUACAUCACCCGGUUCAUUUCACAACUAACGGAGAAAUGUGACCCGAUAUUCUGCCUCCUUAGGAAACACAACCAGGUGUCUGGGACGAGGAGUGCCAAAGAACUUUCGAUAAAGUCAAACAUUUACCUGUCUAAUGCCUUGGUGCUAAUGCCACCUUGCCCAGAUAAACCACUGAUACUGUAUUUGGUAGUGUUCGAAAACUCCAUGAGAUAUUCGCCGAUCGAGAAAUUAUGUUGUGCUUUGAUUUGGACAACCCGGAGACUGAGACAGUAUAUGUUGUACUACACAACUUGGCUCAUCUCAAAAUUAGACCCUUUGAAGUACAUGAUGGAGUCAAAUGCUCUGACCGGAAGAAUGGCUCGUUGGCAAAUACUACUUUCGGAGUUCGACAUAGUCUACGUAAACCAAAAGGCCAUAAAAGAAAGUGCAAUAAUAGAUUUUUUGGCCAGCAGGGCUCUAGAAGAUUAUAAGCCUUUGAGUUUUGAUUUCCUAAAUGAAGACUUAAUGUACGUUGCGACCACGGAAGAAGACUCUCAAGAAGAUCAUCAUUGGAAACUGAAUUUUGACGGAGCCUCAAAUGCUCUCAAAGGUGAAUGGGAGACGAGAGACACUAAAUUAAUCAAUUACCAAAAGCUAGUUCUGGAACUAAUUGAGGAGUUUGACGAUAUCACUUUUUACUAUCUCCCACGAGAUGAAAACCAGAUGGCUAACGCCUUGGCAAUUUUAGCUUCUAUGAUCAAAGUAAACAAGCAAGAGGAUAUGAAGCCUAUCAAGAUGAGUAUCUACGAGGCCCCAGCUCAUUGCUACAACAUUGACGAAAAAGAGGAAAAGGAGAAUCACCCUUGGUAUCAGGAUAUAUUACAAUAUGUGAGAAAUCGUGAAUACCCUGACCAAACAACAGAAAAUGAUAAAAAGACAUUGAGAAGGCUAGCUAGUGACUAUGUCUUGAUGGAGAGAUCCUAUAUAAAAGAAGAAAGGAUCAGCAUUUCUCCAUAUGGGGCAUGGAUGUUAUCGGGCCAAUCUCGCCGAAAGCGUCUAACAGGCAUCGGUUCAUCUUCGUGGUUAUCGAUUACUUCACCAAGUGGGUAG